CAUCUGCGCAUGUCUGCGUGGCGCCAUACCCGCGUAUUCUAACCUAAAUUCGAAUUCCGAGCUCCGCUCGCGGACGCGCCCGGCCGCCGUUCUUAAUUCAAAAAUAACAUUAUUUUUCACAACCGGCCAGUGUUCAUGAAAAUUAAAAAAGUAACGUUCCUUUUUUGAAAAAAGUGCGCGUGUUAGUAAUGGUUAUUUUUAGUAGUGCUGGCGGGUUUCGGUGACAAAAUAGCGCCGAGGCCGCGGUAAUUUUGGCCGUCCGGAAUAUGGCCUAAUUGUUUUUUUUUUCUGGAAAAGUGUAGUGAUGAUGUGUGAUUGUGUUUUGUGAAUAGGAUAAAUAAAUUGCAAUGGCCGACGCGGCCUCCACCCCCGCGCCGCCCACCCCAGGCACGCCGGGCGCGGACGAGACGGCGCCCGCGCCGAAAAAGCAGGCGCGCUCGCGCGGCAAGCCGCAGCCAGAGAAACCGAAGCGGAGUCUACUGUGUCUGGGCUUGAAGAAUCCGCUGAGGAGGCUGUGCUAUGCGAUCGUGGAGUGGAAACCGUUCGAGUACAUGAUUCUCACAACUAUCUUCGCUAACUGCAUAGCUCUGGCUGUCUUCACACCCUUCCCGUCCGGAGACACAAACUACACUAACGGAAUAUUGGAAAAAGUAGAAUGGAUAUUCAUGGUAAUCUUCACUGGGGAGUGCGUGAUGAAGAUCAUCGCAUACGGCUUUCUGUUCCACCCUGGGGCUUAUCUGCGGAACGCGUGGAACAGUCUGGAUUUCACCAUCGUCACUAUUGGGUAA